AGAACCACAUAUAUAUUUACACCUUCGACAAAGCGUUACUAUUUCGCGUCUAUGAGCUUUUAAGACACAAUAUUGAAAAAAUGAAGCUCUACAACGUCCUAUUAGUUUGUGCUUGUUUGUGUAUGGUUCAAUCAGCAAAAAAACUACCUUCGUAUUUUCCCCAAUGCAGCAGAGACGACCCAAAACUGAACCAAUGCUUGAUGAAAGCCGCAGAAACUGUCAGACCUUACCUGCUGAAAGGCGUACCGGAACUGAGCAUCCCGUCAAUCGAGCCCUUCGGAAUACCGGAAGUGACCCUUGAACAAGGAACCGACGCCCUGAACAUCAAAGCCGUUUUACACAACACGACCAUCCACGGUUUGGGCAACUACAAGUUUUCCAAAUUCGAAUUUGACGUCGAAAAAUAUGAAUUUAGGGCGAAAGCCAUUGUGAAGCCAAUCAGUUUGGAGGGAGAUUAUAAAGUAAAUGGUAGAAUUUUGGUUGCACCAAUUGAAGGGCAGGGUCAAUUCACUGCUGCCAUAGAGAGUGCCGAUGUAGACUUCUACCAAAAAGUGCAACGAACCAAAAACAAAAAAGGAAUAGAAUUCCUCACACCAACCUACACCAACACUUCCAUUCGAGUGGACAAACCGAAGGCCCAUUUGACCGGACUCUUCGGUGGAAACGAGGAACUGAAUUCGGUAACAAACAGGAUCAUUAACGACAACGUGGACGUGCUGUUUGAGGAAAUUAGACCUGUGAUAGAGAAAAUUUUGACUGAUGUCCUCAACAACAUUCUUCUACAGGCAUUCGAGACCCAAAUUCCUUUCGACGAUCUUUACCCACCAAAGAAAUAAAUCAAGUGUAUAAAAAUGUAUUUAUUAAAUUAUCAAUUAAUUUUUCGUCCCGUGUGAUAUGGUCUGCAUCAGAUGUGUUCGUAAUUUUAUUUAGUUGUAGGUAGUUAUUGUUUAUUGUAGAUAUGGUAUUGUGAAAUUCAUAUUAUUAUUAUUAAUAAAAAUAAUUACAAAAUUUCA